AUGUACAUCUACAUGCCGCAUGCAGCAGCAGCAGCAGCAGCAGCAGCAACUGCUCCUCCUGCAACAACAGCAACAGCUCUUCCUGCUGCAGCAGCAGCAGCAAUACACACCCUUCGGACCAGCAGCAGCAACAGCAGCAGCAGCAGCAGCAGCAACAGGAGCAGCAGAAGCUUCCUACAACAGCACAACCAACGCCACCACCUGCAACAGCAAUGCAGCAGCAGCAGCAAUACACACCCUUCGGACCAGCAGCAGCAACAGCAGCAGCAGCAGCAGCAGCAGCAGGAGCAGCAGAAGCUUCCUACAACAGCACAACCAACGCCACCGCCUGCAACAGCAGCAGCAGCAGCAGCAGCAGCAGCAGCAGCAGCAGCAGCAGCAGCGAGGAUGAUAUAG